UUUAAAGAUGGCGGCGGCAGAGGCGGCGUUGGGGGCGCGGAGUCGCCGGAGGGGGAGGGCAAAGGAGACUCUGUGAGGCGCCUAGAGCUAGCGCGGCGGCAGUGUGAGGAUCCUGGUGCCGAGCCGCCCGUGGCGGGCCCCGGGUCAGAGCAGGGAAGGACAGACCUGGGCCGCGCCAGGAGCCUGAGGCCGGAGCGGAGGAGGAAUGUGACCGGGGGUCGGUGGGGGCGCGGGAGUACGCGAGCGCAGGGAUGGGGCAGCAGGUGGGCCGCGUCGGGGAGGCUCCGGGGUUUCAGCAGCCUCAGCCGCGCGGGAUCCGGGGCAGCAAUGCAGCCAGGCCCUCCGGUCGCAGGCGGGAUCCGGCGGGGCGCACCACUGAGACCGGCUUCAAUAUCUUUACCCAGCAUGAUCACUUUGCCAGCUGUGUGGAGGAUGGAUUUGAGGGAGACAAGACUGGAGGCAGUAGUCCAGAAGCUUUGCACCGCCCCUACGGUUGUGAUGUUGAAUCCCAGGCACUGAAUGAAGCCAUCCGGUGGAGCUCCAAGGAGAACUUACUUGGAGCCACUGAGAGUGACCCUAAUCUCUUUGUUGCACUUUAUGACUUUGUAGCAAGUGGUGAUAAUACACUCAGUAUCACUAAAGGUGAAAAGCUUCGAGUCCUUGGUUACAACCAGAAUGGUGAAUGGAGUGAAGUUCGCUCUAAGAAUGGACAGGGUUGGGUGCCAAGCAACUACAUCACCCCAGUGAAUAGCCUGGAAAAACAUUCCUGGUACCACGGACCAGUGUCACGCAGUGCAGCGGAGUAUCUGCUAAGCAGCCUAAUCAAUGGCAGCUUCCUGGUGCGAGAAAGUGAGAGUAGCCCCGGGCAGCUGUCCAUCUCGCUCAGGUACGAAGGACGUGUAUAUCACUACAGGAUCAAUACCACCACAGACGGCAAGGUGUAUGUGACUGCUGAGAGCCGCUUUAGCACCUUGGCAGAGCUUGUUCACCACCAUUCCACAGUGGCUGAUGGGCUGGUGACAACAUUACACUACCCAGCACCCAAGUGCAAUAAACCAACAGUCUAUGGUGUGUCCCCCAUCCAUGACAAAUGGGAAAUGGAACGAACAGAUAUUACCAUGAAGCACAAACUUGGGGGCGGUCAGUAUGGAGAGGUUUAUGUUGGUGUCUGGAAAAAAUAUAGCCUUACAGUUGCUGUGAAAACAUUGAAGGAAGAUACCAUGGAAGUGGAGGAGUUCCUAAAAGAGGCUGCAGUGAUGAAGGAAAUCAAGCAUCCUAAUCUGGUUCAACUAUUAGGCGUGUGUACUCUGGAGCCACCAUUUUACAUUGUGACUGAAUACAUGCCAUAUGGGAAUCUGCUCGAUUAUCUCCGUGAAUGCAACCGAGAAGAGGUGACUGCAGUUGUACUGCUUUACAUGGCCACUCAGAUCUCGUCUGCAAUGGAGUAUUUAGAGAAGAAGAAUUUUAUCCAUAGAGAUCUUGCAGCACGUAAUUGCCUAGUGGGAGAAAACCAUGUGGUAAAAGUAGCUGACUUUGGCUUAAGUAGACUGAUGACUGGAGAUACCUACACUGCUCAUGCUGGAGCCAAAUUUCCCAUUAAGUGGACAGCACCUGAGAGUCUUGCCUACAAUACUUUCUCAAUUAAAUCAGAUGUCUGGGCUUUUGGGGUACUGUUGUGGGAAAUUGCUACAUAUGGAAUGUCACCGUAUCCAGGUAUUGACCUGUCUCAGGUCUAUGAUCUGCUAGAAAAAGGAUAUCGAAUGGAACAGCCUGAGGGAUGCCCUCCUAAGGUUUAUGAACUCAUGAGAGCGUGCUGGAAGUGGAGCCCUGCUGACAGGCCCUCUUUUGCUGAGACCCAUCAAGCUUUUGAAACGAUGUUUCAUGACUCUAGCAUUUCUGAAGAAGUAGCUGAGGAGCUUGGGAGAGCUGCCUCCUCCUCAUCUAUUGUUCCAUAUCUGCCCCGAUUACCUAUACUUCCUUCCAAGACUCGUACACUAAAAAAACAAGUGGAGAACAAGGAAAACAUUGAAGGAGCACAAGAUGUGGCAGAAACUCCUGCUUCCAGUUCAGCACCAGGGUUCAUUAGAAGUGCACAGACCAGUGGGUCCCCUGCCCUCCCUCGAAAACAAAGAGAUAAGUCACCCAGCAGCCUCUUGGAAGACGCCAAAGAGACAUGCUUCACCAGGGAUCGGAAGGGAGGCUUCUUCAGCUCCUUCAUGAAAAAGAGAAAUGCUCCCACACCCCCUAAACGCAGCAGCUCCUUCCGAGAAAUGGAGAAUCAGCCUCAUAAGAAAUAUGAACUCACGGGGCUUCCAGAGCAGGAUAGGAUGGCAAUGACCCUUCCCAGGAACUGCCAGAGGUCCAAGCUCCAGCUGGAAAGGACAGUGUCCACCUCUUCUCAGCCAGAAGAGAAUGUGGACAGGGCCAGUGACAUGCUUCCAAAAAAAUCAGAGGAAGGUGCUGCUCCAACCAGGGAGAGACCAAAAGCCAAACUGUUGCCCAGAGGAGCCACACCUCUUCCUCUGAGAACCCCCUCUGGGGACCCAGCCAUUACAGAGAAAGACUCUUCAGGGGUAGGGGUGGCUGGAGUGGCAGCUGCCUCCAAAGGCAAGGAGAGGAAUGGUGGGGCACGACUUGGGAUGGCUGGAGUCCCAGAGGAUGGAGAGCAGGUAGGCUGGUCUUCUCCAGCCAAGACUGCAGCCGUUCUCCCUACUACCCACAACCACAAAGUGCCAGUCCUCAUCUCACCCACCCUGAAACAUACCCCAGCUGACGUGCAGCUCAUUGGCACAGACUCUCAGGGCAAUAAAUUCAAGCUCUUAUCUGAGCAUCAGGGCACAUCCUCUGGAGAAAAGGACCGACCCCGACGGGUAAAACCAAAGUGUGCCCCACCCCCGCCACCAGUGAUGAGACUACUGCAGCAUCCGUCCACAUGCUCAGACUCCACAGAAGAGCCUCCUGCAGGACAGCCCAUGUCAGAAGUGCAGGAAGGAGGGAAAAAGGCAGCUCCAGGGGCAGUACCUGUAGGUGGGAAAGCUGGGAGGCCAGUGCUGCCUCCGCCUCAAGUGCCUCUGCCCACAUCUUCCAUCUCGCCAGCCAAAAUGGCCAAUGGCACAGCAGGUACUAAAGUGGCUCUGAGAAAAACCAAACAGGCAGCUGAGAAAAUCCCAGCAGACAAAAUCAGCAAAGAGGCUCUUCUAGAAUGUGCUGACCUACUGUCCAGUGCAAUCACAGAACCUGUGCCCAAUAGCCAGCUUGUAGACACUGGGCACCAGCUGCUUGACUAUUGCUCAGGCUAUGUGGACUGCAUCCCCCAGACUCGCAACAAGUUUGCCUUUCGCGAGGCUGUGAGCAAACUGGAACUCAGCUUACAGGAGCUGCAGGUGUCUUCUGCAGCUGCUGGUGUACCCGGGGCAAACCCUGUCCUUAAUAACUUAUUGUCAUGUGUACAGGAAAUCAGUGAUGUGGUACAGAGGUAGCCACUGUGUGUCUAGUGGGGAGAUGCACACAUUUCUGAAGGGAAAGGGACUUGUUUUCCUGUGUUCUUGUUUUCAAAUUGAAAGACUGAUACUUGAGUGUGUUUAUGUGAAGUACCUCCAACCCCUGAGUUCUCACACUUACAGGUUCAUCUCAAAAAUAACAAGCAAAUCAUAUUAUAAAGGAGGUAGAAAUUGGGUAGGGGCAAUGCAGUGGUAAACAAGGUUGGAAACUGGAAAAGCAGCGUGUUUGUUUCACAAAGAAAGAAAUGCAGCUCAUUCCUACCUGGAACCAUGUGAAGUGCUAGACUGGGCUGCUCCAGUCAUUCUGUACCACAGAAGAGAGCCUUGACCUGCGGCUCUGGGCCUACCAGGGGCGAUUGUGCUCCCAAUUACCUAGCAGGUUUGGUGGGACAGAAGAAAGGAAAGCUGGGAAUACAGCAAGAGUUUGUUCAAGGCUUUUGGAAGCAGCUUCUUGCCUUGCUUCCAUCAGUCAUUUACUGUGUAGUAAGAGCUGCAAGUCAGAUUGCUAGACUAUGAAAUGGAAAUAUGGCCCUGUCUGUGUUUCCCAUAAUGUAUUAAUUGGUUCAGGAAGUAAAGAAUCCUGGGACAUUGAGUCAGGAUGAUCGAAAGCUCCUUUUAAAAUCUUACAUUGGUUAGCAGUCAUUUCUCCCAGGCUAGUACAUUAUUUCCUAAUGGACCAGUAUUUAUUUUUGCUUAUUGUUGGCCAUCUGUAAACCAUAGGUACAGGGGUCUCCUUGGAGUUCUGUGUCACUCUCUGGGCAGGCUGUCUUCCUUUAUUUCUGGCAGCAUUCAGGGCAUUACCCAGCACUGACUUUGAAAAUAGUUGUCGCUACAAGUUCUUAUAGGGAAGUCUUUUCUGACAGUGCUUUUGCAUAUUGACAUUCUGGCAAAGCCCUGUGUCCACUACAGUACAGUACUAAGCUAAUGAUCCCUUCUUGAAACUAUAGCUGGGUCCAGAGGCCUGUGAUGGAGAAGUUGGCUUAGUUAUAAUGGCUCUGUCUCUGUUCUUUUCUCCUCAUUUAUCAAUAUGGAUAGAUAGUUGGGGAAGGCAUUUUUUCUCCCUAUAGGCUUGAAUUACCCUCUCACUAUUUUCACAUGCUUUUCUCCUCUCAAAUUUCUGUUCCCAUACCUGUCAUGUUUGUUUUACAUAGUUCAUAUUGGGGAUAAUCUUUAUUUUGUCAUUUCACCUCCAUUCAAAGUUCAUAAUUUAAGGAGAACUGGUUAGAGCCUGGAAACCGAAUGACUUAACCCUUAAGUAUUUUUUACCCUUGAAACGUAACCCUCUUCCCUUCCCUCCUCAGUUAUAAUUAUGGAAGGUAAUUAGGAAGGAACUAAAUUGAAUAGGUUAUAUAUUAUUGAUGUUCUUGGUGGUAUAUCUAAUUUUUGUUACUCUUGUUCUUUUUUUAAAACUUUAUACCUCCCCCCCACACACACACGUACACUCCCGAAAGAACCCAAUGAAAAUGUUUUUCCUCCGAAAGGAAUAUUAGCAUAGGAAGAUGGGGACUCAGCACUAAGCAUCGAGCUUCUCCCUGGUUCAGUCAUCGAUCCACUGUCAAGCCAUAGCCCCAUCGCUUAAUCUAUGGAAUGAAAGUAACAGUACAUAUUCUCAAGGGUGUUUUGGAAAUAAAUGUAUUCACAACCCUUUUGAGAGCCUCUCUCAAAAAGCUCUUCAGUGCAGUGUUGUUACAUUGAAUUGUUUAUCAUUCUCUUUGCUGAGUAAUAGAAGAAACUAAUGAAAUUUGGAAAUGCUGAGUUUAAAUUAAUCAGGCUAGAAUACUAAAAGAGCCAGGCGCGAUGGUGCACUCAUGUAAUCAGGAGGCUGAAGAGGGAGAUCAGGUGAGUUCAAGGGCAGCGUGCACUACGUGAGACCCUAUCUCCAAAAAAACUUAAAAAAUAUAAAGGGGAAACUAUAUUUUGGUUAGAAUUUGGAAACUUCGGAUACAUUUGACCAAGGAAGAAAUUGUUUUCUGUUUAAUAUAAAGGAAACUUUGAUUCUUAUCAUUGCUGCUUCAAAAGAGGCCUACUUAAGAGAAAGAAGGGAGAAGACUGCCAGGCCUGCUGGCUAGUUUCAUGUGACCCCUGUCCACGUGCUUCCUGCAGCACAGUACAUGCAGCUGGUGGUCAGGUGAAUGUCCAGCACCCAGCCUCCUUCCUUUCCCUGCCCUCAUCAUGCCCUGGACUUGAACUUACUCUUAGCAGUCUUUUAAAAGUGGGGAGGGGAGGCUAAAAUUUUAGAAUAUUGUUAUGCUGCUUUUUAAGUUUAUCCCUAUCUUGGGAUGCAAAGGGAUUAUAGUUUUCAGGGGAUUUUUUUUUUUUUUUUUUAAAGCAAGGACUUUUUUUUCCCCCAUAAGAGUUCUAAAAAUAAGCCUUUCGGAAACACUACUGAGUGUAUUUCAGCUCCCUAGUUUUCUCACCAAAGAGUAAUCUUAAAGGUGGUAGGUAGGGGCUCAGUCUUACUCAGGGGCAGCACCUAGUUCUGUCUUGCAUACAGUGGGUGCUUAAUAAAUUCAUAAAUUGAAUCAAUUUUUCUUAACUGUCAUGCGUAAUGUUAAGUUUUGUAGCACACUCCAUCCACAUGAUGCUUGAACUGUAUAACUUCAGGGGUUGAGGAUUUAGGGUUUGGGUUAAAGAGGCACUGUCAACUUACUAUAAAAGUCUAAUUUAGGUUUUUCCUUUUUCUACUUGAAAAGGACUAACUUCAAAAAAACGUUAUGUAAAAGAAAAUAUUUAAAUCUGAAACAACUGCUUCUAGAAACUUGUAGUUUGGUAGUAUCCAGUCUGAAAGCAGAAAGCAUGAGAAAAAGGCUUUUUACAGGGUGGUGACAAAUUUCUGAAGUGGAGCUAUAUGUAGAAUAUAUGCCGCAGUCUGUGUCUUUUCAUGUACAGAUAGUAUGAUUACAGGUUAGAGUUCAUGCCAUAAGAAUGCAGUAUUUCAUACUGAAUAUAUCUUGAUUGUGUUUCACACAAAGUAUUCUCUUAAAAGACUGUAUAAAAUUAAAAUACUCACUUUCCUGUACACCCCAAUUAUGACACUCAGAGAUUUAGCCUUAAAAAAACUCUCAAAAGAUUUGUUUUGCACAUGUUCUUACAGUGCGUUGAACUCAGUACCAAGCUAUCAGGUCUGUUAUACGAAAAAAUACAGUUGUUGUUUUUCUAGAUGACCUUUGUGUAGUGGAGACCCUUUCUGCUUUCCAGCACAUGGAGAGGCUGAUGCAGGAGGAUUGCAAAUUCAAAUCCAGCUUGGGCAACUUCGUGAUUUAUAGAGACCCUGUCUCAAA